CUCUUAUACUUAUUCAUAGCCUUUGAGUUUGAGCAAACAAGUUUAUAAUCAAUUAACAACCAUGUCAACUAGAUCCCUCACCAUAUUCAUACUAGCUCAUGUGUGGCUUUUGAUGGCAAAAACAUCAAUAUCGCAAUUUGUCAUCGACACAAGUGGUGAACCCGUUGAGGACGAUGAGGAAUACUUCAUCAGGCCUGCUAUCGGAGGCAAUGGAGGAGGUUCCACUUUGGUCACCGGAAAUGGGCCAUGCCCUUUGCAUGUUGGUCUUGACAACAGUGAAGGGACACUUGGAGUGGCUGUGAAGUUCACUCCUUUUGCUCCUCAUCAUGAUGAUGACAAUGUUAGGCUUAACAGAGACUUGAGAGUUACAUUCCUAACAUCCACAAGUUGUGGGCAGUCAACAGACUGGAGAUUAGGUGAGAAAGAUGCUACAAGUGGAAGGAGAUUGAUUGUCACUGGAAGAGAUAAUAGUGCAGGAUCACAACAAGGUAACUUUUUUAGGAUUGUGCAGACCCAAACUAGUGGCAACUAUAACAUUCAAUGGUGCCCUACAGAGGUGUGCCCUAAUUGUAAGAAUCAAUGUGGAACUGUUGGUCUUAUUCGCGAGAAUGGAAAGAUUUUGUUGGCCCUCGAUGGUGGUGCCCUUCCAGUCGUGUUCCAGAAAGAAUGACCUAUUAUUGGGAUGGUGAAGCUUGUUUUUCAAUGUAAUAAUGUUUCCUUGUUGCU